AUGCUUCCUAAGACGUUUGACGAUGCCAGGGCUGACUCUGCCGCUCGUGCACAAGAAUGUGGGUGGGAGAAGGUCAACGCGCGCGGUUUCGAAAUCCUGGAGGCGGCUCAUGGAUUCCAUGCCCCCAAACGUGCCAUUGUGAUUGGAGCUGGGGCGACCGGCAUUUGUUUUGCCAAAUUUGCAGAGCCAGUGCCCAACCUCGAAGUGCAGAUUUACGACAAGAACGACGAGGUAGCGGGCACCUGGUGGGAGAACCGAUACCCAGGCUGCGCCUGUGAUAUACCUUCCCAUAUCUAUCAAUUUCAAUGGGCCCUCAACCCUUAUUGGUCCCACUACUACGUCGGUGCAGCGGAAAUCUUGCAAUACUUCAGGGAUGUGGUCGACAAGCAUGAUCUCUGCAAAUACAUGAAGCUGAGUCACGAAGUCCUGGGCGCGAGCUGGGACUCCACUAAGGUUAAAUGGAUUGUUACCGUGAAGGCGCCGGAUGGAUCAACCUUUGAGGACUCUUGCGACUUCCUCAUUAACGCCUCCGGCCUGCUCAACAAGUGGAAGUGGCCGGAAAUCAAGGGGCUGGAAUCCUUUACAGGCGUUCGACUCCAUUCAGCCAACUACGACCCAAGUAUCGAUCUACAAGGCAAAACCGUUGCGGUAAUCGGAUCAGGCUCCUCCGGGUUGCAGAUUGUUACCAGCAUCCAGCCGGUCGUCGAACACCUGUACACCUGGAUUAGGUCGCCCAUCUGGGUGAGUGCCGGGUUCGCCUCCAAUUUUGCUGGAAAAGAUGGCCAAAACCUACGAUACACUCCAGAAUUCCAGAACAAACUGGCAUCAGACCCAGUAGCUCAUUUACGAUACAUCAAGAUGAUUGAUGAAGAACUUGGAAUUCGAUUCAACUACAAUCUGGUAAGAACUGCAGAGGCACAGGGUGCUAUCGACUUUUCUCGCCAAUUAAUGAAAGAAAAGCUGAAGAGCCGGCCGGAGCUCUUUGAGAAAAUCGUCCCCAAGACUUAUGGUGUCGGCUGUCGCCGAGUCACUCCUGGCAAUGGCUACCUAGAAGCUUUGGUUGCGCCGAAUGUCACCGUCUACCCAGAGGAUAUCCAAGAAAUCACGCCGACUGGGUUUAUUAACAAAGCAGGAGAGGAACAUGCCGUCGACGUUAUCAUCUGCGCAACAGGAUUCGACACAUCUUUUGUUCCCAGGUUUCCUCUCACAGCAAAUGGGAAAGACCUAAGGUCGGAAUGGAAGACUGAUCCAGUGUCGUACUUUUCUCUGAUGGUGCCGGAUUUUCCUAAUUACUUCAUCUCAUUGGGGCCUUAUAGUGCCUCCAACGGCUCGCUCUUACCUCCAAUUGAGCACGGCUGUCGUUACAUGAUUCAGGUGAUUGAAAAGUGUCAACUGGAGAAAAUUAAAUACUUGUCACCCAAGGUAGAGGCCACUCACCAAUUUCGAGAAUAUGCCGACCUCCUCCUCAAAAGAACGGUGUGGUCUCAGCCAUGUAGGAGCUGGUUUAAAGGCAACACGAUCGACGGGCUUCCUCGCAACUAUCCCGGUUCACGAGCUCAUUUUGUCGAACUCGUAGUACCCCGAUACGAGGACUUUGAGAUUGAGUAUGAGAGUGUUAACCGAUUCCACUUCUGGGGCAAUGGCUUCACCUUGCACGAAGUUGAUGGCCGAGACCCGACAUGGUACCUGGGCAUUGUCGAUGGAGAGGACAAACAGCCAGACUACACGAAGGACGAAGAGGAAUUUCAGAAGCUGUUGUCCAGCAGCCCUACUCCGGCCCCUGAUCAUCACGAGCCCAAUGGCCUCCCAAAUUGA